AGGAGGAGCCACGGCCGCCUCGGCUGUGCGCGGGGCAGGAGGCGGCAUGGCUGCCCCGGCGGGGUCGGCCUGUCCGACGGCGCCGCGCUUCGCGGUGCAGCUGCGGCUGGUGAGCGAGGAGCAGCUGGCGCAGGGGCCGCUCCUGCUCCGCGCCGGGGCCAAGGCGCUCCGCCUGCAGCUGCAGCCCCGAGACGGAGAAGCCGAGCUGGCCGUGACCGACGCUGAUGGCGUUUGUGUGUUUAAAUGCUUGGUCAACAAAGAUACCGAAUAUUGCCGUGUGGGAAAAGAAUCAAUCUUGAUAUCGCUUGGCUAUAACAAUGCCUUACUUCAAUUCAGGUCCCAUUCUGAAUAUAGCAUGUUUUCAAAUGUGCUGAAGAACUGCAGGAAUUGGAAUAAGGAGCACUCCGUGUUCAAUCAGAGAACCGAAGAAUCCUCUGCAGCUCAAUAUUUUCAGUUUUAUGGCUGCUUAUCCCAGCAACAGAACAUGAUGCAGGAUUUUGUGAGGACGGCCACAUAUCACAGAGCAAUACUACAGAACCAUAUAGAUUUUAAGGAUAAGGUGAUCCUAGAUGUUGGCUGUGGGUCAGGAAUCCUUUCGUUUUUUGCUGUGCAGGCUGGAGCGAGAAAAGUCUAUGCAGUGGAAGCCAGCUCUGUGGCCAAAUAUGCUGAGAUUCUGGUACAAAGUAACAACCUCUCUGAUAAGAUCAGCGUUUUGACGGGGAAAAUUGAGGAAAUCUCCUUGCCUGAGAAUGUUGACGUCAUUGUUUCUGAGCCAAUGGGUUAUAUGCUGUUCAAUGAGAGAAUGCUGGAAAGUUACCUCCACGCCAAGAAGUGGUUGAAGUCAAAUGGAAUGAUGUUUCCAACAUUUAGUGACAUUCAUUUGGCUCCUUUUUCCGAUGAACAGCUCUACAUGGAACACUACUCCAGAGCCAAUUUUUGGUACCAGCAGUGUUUUUAUGGAGUCAAUCUGUCCAGUCUCCGCAAUGCAGCUGUAGAUGAAUACUUUAGGCAACCUAUUGUAGAUACAUUUGACAUCAGAAUUUUAAUGGCCCGGACAGUGAAGUACACGGUCAAUUUUACAGACGCAGAAGAGGAAGAUUUGCAUAGAGUGGAAAUCCCCUUUGUUUUCCAAAUGAUGCAGUCUGGGCUAAUCCAUGGUUUGGCCUUCUGGUUUGAUGUGGCAUUUGUCGGCUCACUGGUGACUGUUUGGCUCUCGACUGCCCCCACGGAGCCUCUGACUCACUGGUAUCAAGUCCGCUGCCUUCUCCAAACUCCUCUCUUUGCCAAAGAAGGGGAAACUCUUUCAGGGAAAGUCCUGUUCGUGGCAAAUAAACGGCAGAGUUACGACAUCCAAAUUGUUGCUGUAGUGGAUGAAACGGGCUUUAAGUCAGGCAAUGUCCUUGAUUUAAAGAAUCCAUUUUUUAGAUAUGCUUAGAUUGCGAUAUGCACCUGCUGGAAGAAAAACCAGGAUUGCCAAACCAAGUAGCCCACGAGAAGGUUGAAAGCGAGACUACCCAGCAGGUUCCUUCUUCCGUGAAACCUAACUGUACAUAUCAAAAGGAAAUAUUUUAUGCAAAUUGUAUAAAAAUAUGUUUGUGCUAUUUCACACACACCCUUCCCCCCCACCCCCCAAGCUGGGCACCCCCAAUCUUUAAACAUGCCUGCCUGGAAGUAUUUUUCACUGCGUCCAACUGUAUUUUCUUGGUGAGCGCAUUUAUUUGGAAAUCAUCCCCACUUAAAUUAAUGGAAACUGGUCUGCAACUCGCACCCGCCUCUCCUGCCUGGCGAGGGGUCAGGGCUGCUGGGAGUUGCAGCCGACAGCAUCUGAAGCUCCCCAUCUGGUCUCUUCCUGGCCUUCAGGAGGGGAAUGUUGGUCACAUCUUUGAAUGACGCUGUCCUUUGUUCCAGAGGUACCAAAAUACCGUAUUUUUCGCUCUAUAGGA